AUCCGCUUCACGGGAACCGAACAUGUUUUCCAACUCACGCAGUGCGCGCAACACGCGAGUGUUGUCGCGUAUGGCUGACAUGGCCGGACUACGCUAAACCGUGCACACGGUCUUGCAAACAGAAAUAACACUGACCUGCCCAUGCACGGAACACAUGUGGCUCCGUGGCAGCAUCCUAGGGAUUCCCGUGAUAGUAGGUGUGGUUUACCUCGCAGUGAGCAAUGGACAGCAUGAUGGAAAUGCUCGAAUUAUGAAAUGUGUGUCAACAGAUGUACAACGAUGGGCAGCUGACAGAGAAGUUCUACUCAUGGGCGACUUCAACGGCCAUCUGCAGGCACUGGACGGGUUCCAGGAUUUUAAUGGAGACCUGGUGGAACUGACAGCACGUGAACUAAACUUGGAAAUAGCCAACCUUCGCUCUGACUGCGAGGGUGAAUUCACAUGGUGUGCUAGGAACAGCCACUCAUGCAUUGACUAUGUACUUAUAUCGCCAAAGCUGUCCCGUCACGUUACAUCAAUCACAAUAGACGAGGAUGGGAAGUUCAGUGUGGGAAGUGAUCAUAACCCAGACAACACUCGACGUCCCGAGGUCGUCCUCAAAUGGUACAAUCGUCCUCGCACAUUUCUCGAUGUCCUUGACACUGCCUCUGGGAUGCCUGAGAAAGUGGUCCUCAUAACCAGUCGGGGCUAAUUACUGUUUAAAUAAAUGAAUUUCAAUCAAC